UCUUCUUCUUCUUCUUCUUCUUCUGGUUUGAUGUUGUUCCUGCGUCGAGCAAUUGAAAGAGCCUCCUCAAGCGUCAAGUUAUGACCUUAUUCCCGGGUGUUGCACUAGUUACGGGUGCAGCUUCAGGUAUGGCCAAGAUUCUCGUGCUCUUCUGUCCAAUCAUCUCACCGCUUUUUAUUUCACUCUCCAUCUCUGUCCACCCUUGAUUUGCAAAUAGUCCCUAUGUUGAUAUCAAAGUGACCUCAAGGGAUUGGACGCGCCAUUGCAAUCUCCUUCGCACUGGAAGGAUGUCCCCAAAUCGCAAUAUGUGAUCGCAACCGCGAGGGGCUGCUCGAGACUGAGAAGUACAUGAAAGAAGUCUCCUCACUCGCGGAGGUUAUGGUGUAUCAGGUGGACAUGCUUGAGGAGGAACAAGUGGAAUGCAUGGUACAAGCUGCUGUGUCUGAAUGGGGGCGUGUGGACUAUGCUGUUAACGCUGCCGGAGUAAUCGGCAAUAACGAGCGUUCAACCUCGACAAGCGCCUAUAAUUUCGAUCUCAUCAACAACAUCAACUACCGCGGCACUUGGCUGUCGUCACGAGCAGAGCUUGUUCAGAUGCUGAAGCAAGAGCCUCUGCCUACUCAUGACGGGAGGCUAGGGAAUAGAGGCAGUAUUGUGAAUAUUGCAAGUCAGCUGGGUGUCGUGUCGAGACCGAACGCACCUGCAUACUGUGCGUCAAAAGCAGCCGUCAUCUCUAUGACCAAGAGCGACGCGAUCGAUUAUUCCAAGGACAACAUUAGAAUAAACUGCGUGUGUCCUGGUGUCAUCGCUACACCAAUGACACAAGGUGAUGCCGAGUUCGCCAAAGUCCUAGAACCAGCUGUGGGUAUUGCGCCGAUGGGGCGAAUGGGGACGGCGCAGGAGAUCGCAGAUGCAUGUUUGUUCUUGUGUAGUAGCAAGGCUACAUUUGUGCAAGGUCAUGCUUUAGUGGUUGAUAGCGGAUAUGUGAUUAACUGAAGACUUAAGUUCUCUUGGUUACAUUUUAAGUUGCAGAUACCCUUCCUGUCCUAGAUGUUUGCUAGUAAAUGGAGAUUCUUGUUUAGCUCUGACUUUGACUGUUGUCCCUGGUGUAAAAAAGGAAGUAAGUAGUUGUAAGGGGGUUUUAUCUCCCUAAAUCAAAGAGAAAUAAUAUGUUGAUAUUCUAGGACCGACCGAUCUGUAGAAGAUGCUCUCAUAUCUAACUUGGAUCUUUUGAUUACCGGAAAUUAAUCGAGCCUAG